CUGCGGCCUCACUGCCGCGGGUGAGCGCGCGCACUCGGCCACCAUGGGGAAUGGGAUGAACAAGAUCCUGCCUGGGCUGUACAUCGGCAACUUCAAAGAUGCCAGAGAUGCAGAGCAACUAAGCAAGAACAAGGUGACACACAUCCUGUCUGUCCAUGACAGCGCCAGGCCGAUGUUGGAGGGAGUUAAAUAUCUGUGCAUCCCGGCAGCGGAUUCACCAUCUCAAAACCUGACAAGACAUUUCAAAGAAAGUAUUAAGUUCAUUCAUGAGUGCCGACUCCGGGGUGAAGGCUGUCUUGUGCACUGCCUGGCUGGAGUGUCCAGGAGCGUGACCCUGGUCAUCGCGUACAUCAUGACUGUCACUGACUUUGGCUGGGAAGAUGCCCUUCACACUGUCCGUGCCGGGAGAUCCUGUGCCAACCCCAACCUGGGCUUCCAGAGACAGCUCCAAGAGUUUGAGAAGCACGAAGUCCACCAGUACCGACAGUGGCUAAAGGAAGAAUAUGGAGAGAGCCCUUUGCAGGAUGCAGAAGAAGCCAAAAACAUUCUGGGUAAAUAUAAAGAGCAAGGGCGCGCCGAGCCCCAGGCUGGUGCCAGGCGGUGGAGCAGCCUGCAGGCGCUGCCCGCUCUGGCCUAUGGCAACUACACGACGGAGACCUAGCGCGGACCAGCGGGCGCCCGCCUUUCCGCUCGUCUUCGUGGGUUCCUGCCCGACGCCCUGGUGUGCUGGCUGCUGCCGUGGAGUACAGGAAGGGUUAGGGUGGCAAAGGUGGGCCCAGCUCCUUCCCCACUACCACGCCCAGCCCAGCCUCGGCCCCUCCUCACGCGCCUGCCCUGCCCAGCUUGCUGCGCUGACCCGGGAGGCUGCUGAGCGGCCGUGCUGCUGCACUUGCGUGGUGUGUGGGCCAGGGGCACGUCUGCAGGAGCGUGGCUGUGUCUCUGAGUAUGCAUGUGAACACGAAUGUUCCCUCCUGCUGGAGCAGUCAGGUCCAGGCUGCUGGAUGGUGUCGCCACCUUUCCCUUUGUCCAAGACUCCACGUGGAAGGCGAAGGCGUUUGAAAAUGACACCUGAAACACUGCUCAGAAGCAGUCGUGCCUCAGAGCAGAGAGCAAGGAGAACUCGGGAAGCCACAUGGCUGAGGGCAGCAACCUCCCCAGAACCCAGGAUGGUCAUGGCUAGGGCAGCAGCAGACUGAAUUCCCCUUGAACUGAGUUCCAGGGCCCUGGAAGGGUUGGGGGCUGAGGUGGCGUGCUGAGCAUUGCCUUAGUCUUAAUACAAGUGCCCCCAGGGGUGGCUCCUUGCUGCCUCAGGUCAAGGCUGUGACCAGCCCAUCAAUCCUAGAGUUCUACUUGGUGUUUGCUCUUGGUGGCACUGCCUGCAUCUCAGGUGGGGAGCGCUGCCAUUUCAGCCAAAGCUGGUGCUCUGGGUGCCUUCCUGUCCUGCUGCCCAGCCUCACAUCCUCCCAACCUGUCGCUGCUGGUCUCCCUCCGCAGGGGCCUCUUCUCAAGGUUUGCAUGCACCUUCAGGAAUCGGGCGGAAAGAGCAUUUCUUCGGCGCCUUCACUGUUUGCUUUUAAAAAUACACUGACAAAUGCCUGGGGGCGAAGCACCUUUGUGUAUGCUGUGGAUUUGAUAUUUGAUCUCAGCUACCUCAUUAAAUGUUUUUGCAAAAGGUGUUUUUUGUUAUUCCAAUCCACUCUGUUUCAUCAGUUUGGAAAACAUUCAGCCGGGAUUGCUUUGGAAGCCAAAGGGAAAACUAUCCAUAUGGUUGAGCUACUGAAACUUUCUGCCCUGAGCUCCAAUAAUGCUUCCCGGUGGCAGCUUGGUCGGGGGGCAGGUGUCUGGGAUGCUGUGGGCAGUUCUUGAUACUCAACUCACAUUGUUUAAGCACGGGGAGUCCCGUGAAUGAAAAAUCAUGCUCCACUAUUCCCUGAAAAGAUGUAACCCCGUUUUUCCAAAUUCCACCACAAAAAGAACCCCUGAAUAAGAGCGGUCUUCCUGCCGCGCAAGGGUCUGUCCUGACUGAUCUCUCCAGGUAGGCAGAUACACAGUGAGAAGGGAAACUGACCCUUGAAUUAUCCAUUGACAACUGAAAUAAUUCAGCCUAUCAAGUACAUUUUCUCUUUGCUUAAGCCAAAAAAAAAGAUAUGUAAAUGUGUGAACAGAAAGGUUAUCUGGGAGAGAUACUUAACAAUGUGCGUACAUUUCUGAACUCUCAAUAUUCCUGUAGGGCUUGAAAUGCUGUUUGAAUAUUUGUUGCCAGUAACGUUCUUUCUCCACAGCCACCCCGGGAAUUCUGAAGUACUGGGCUUUGCUCAGAAGACUGUAAUGCAUCUGACGUUUCUGAAAUAUCGAAAAGCCACAGCAUUUAGGCUGGUGCUCCCCCAAAAGAUAAGCAACCCAGGGUUUAUUUUUAAGUCUCAGAAGGGAUGUGUCAACUUGUUUUUCAUUUGAAACUGAAUACCUAUGUCAUCAUGGUGUUAUUUGUUGGGGACAGAGGGUACUCUUUAGCUAGGGGAAAGAUUUUCACCUGUGUGCCUGUUUCUUUGACUCUGAUGCCUGUAAAGCAAUCUCACGAGCCUGCAGCCCUGUUUUGCUAUCCUUUCCAAUCAUCUCGAUCGCUCCUCCUAGGUCUCCACUGCCCAAACUCUGCUCACGUGUUCUUAAAAUUCCCCAGCUUGGGAAAGAGCCCUGAUGUGUGUUUUAUCCCUGGUUUGUGUCCCCCCUUGGAAUGCACCAACAGCUACACAUGUUUGGUUAAUAAAGGACAAA